AUGGCAUCUAGUAGAGGAGUCAAGCGCCCUAUCGCUUACUUUGACAUCACCAUCGGUGGCAAACCCAUUGGGCGCAUCGUAUUCUCGUUAUACGCGGACUUGGUGCCCAAAACAGCUGAAAACUUUCGUGCAUUAUGUACGGGUGAAAAGGGUGUCGGGAAGUCUGGCAAACCCCUUUGCUACGCUGGAUCUGGCUUUCACCGCGUAAUCAAAGGGCUCACGCAGUGGAUCAGGUUCAUGUGUCAAGGUGGUGACUUCACGGAGGGUAAUGGCACCGGUGGGGAAUCAAUUUAUGGCGAGAAAUUCGAAGACGAGGCCUUCCUCGUAAAUCACACAAAGCCUUUCUUGCUGUCCAUGGCAAAUGCAGGAAAGGACACUAAUGGCUCGCAAUUCUUCAUCACCGUAAAUCCAACAUCCCAUCUUGAUGGCAAGCACGUAGUUUUCGGUGAAGUGAUCAAGGGCAAAUCAGUAGUCCGUACGAUUGAAAAUUUCCCGACUGCAUCCGGAGAUGUUCCCACUUCCCCCGUCUUGAUAUCUGCUUGCGGCGUUCUCUCAGCGGAUGAUCCUUCCCUCGUAGCUUCUGAGACAACUGUUGGUGAUGACUACGAGGACUACCCAGAAGACGACGAUUCCGAUGUGCAGAACCCCGAAGUUGCGCUUGAUAUCGCACGUAAAAUCCGCGAGCUCGGUAACAAGCUCUUCAAGGAUGGACAAAUAGAACUCGCACUCAAAGCGUACCUCAACGUGCAUCCUGUAUUGCCGGAAGACUCUCCACAGGAACUUAAGGACUCUUAUGGAUCGCUUCUUGCACCCCUUUUAUUAAACUCGGCACUCGCUGCGCUACGCACGCAACCAGCAGCAACCGAAACCGCGGUGAAGAAUGCCACGCGAGCUUUGGACCGUCUGCAGCUGAGUAACCCAGAUAAAGCCAAGGCCCUCUAUCGUAGGGCGUCAGCGCAUAUAAUUUUGAAGCAGGAAGAUGAAGCUGAAACGGAUCUUGUUGCUGCUAGUCAGCUUGCACCGGAAGACCCGGCGAUCUUGGGGGAGCUCGCGAAAGUGAGGCAGAAGAAGAAGGAAAAACGAGAGAAGGAGAAGAAGUCAUACAAGAAACUCUUUUCGUAG